UCUCUCUAAUAUUAGUUCACACACUCCUUCCUUUCAUUCAUCACUUGAAGCCGCCACCACCGUUCUCUCUAGCGAACCCGCCGUCUUCGCUCUCAGCCACCGACCACCGCCGACCCAAGCGGACCACCACCACAACGACGCAAUCUUCCGCCAUUACUGUCCACAGGCUCCGCCGUAUUCUGAGUAGCUUGUCGUAGUUGGUUGGAUAAUUCCAGACAAGUACCGAAGAUAAAGGAAGUAUAAUUCUCAACUCAAGCUUUCUUUAUUGAGGAAUAAUGGGAAAGAGAGGAAAGAGUCAGGUGAAAGGGGAUAGAUUCCCAAAAAAGAAAGUCCAUAACAAAGACAAAAUCGUGAAUGAAGACAUGGACGACGAAAUUGAUGCCUUUCACAAGCAGAGGGAUUUGGUUUCGUUGGAUGUGAACAAAGAUAUGGAAGAUUCAGAUGAUGAUGAGGAACUACCUGUCUUUGAUUUUGAGGAUGGUGAUGUAGACAAGGAUGAAAGUGAUGAAGAUGAAGAUGAAGACGACAUCAAGGAUACUGGUUUUGCUGCAAAAAUGGCUAAGCAGCAAAAGUACUUGCGAGAAAAGUUUGGUGGUGUUGAGGAUGAUAUGCAUGGUGAUGAUGAGGAUGAAGAUGAUGAACAAAAGGCAGUGUGGGGGGGAAGAAAGGACAUAUAUUAUGAUGCUGAUAACGUUGAUUUUGAGAUACGAUCAAGUGAUGAUGAGUCCCCUGCUGAGGAGGAGGCAGAGGUGAUAAGGUUGCAGAAAGAAAAUGCAAAAUCUAUGUCUAUGGCAGACUUUGGCGUUGAAGAUUCAAGUGAAGAUGACAGUGAUAGAGAAUUAACUUUAGAGGAGAUAUCAGUUAAAGGAAAAACCACCAAAAAGUCCAGUUUGAAAACAAAAGGGGCAGAGAACACGGGUACAGAUUAUGAAGAGGUUAAGAAAGAUUUGAGUGCCCUUUCAAAGGAGGAGCUUAUGGAUGUUUUGUUUAGCUCUGCUCCAGAGUUAGUUGGUUUGCUGUCAGAGCUGAACGAUGCAACUGAUCAGCUUGAAAACAAAGUUGAUCCACUUUUAAAUAAGGUUAAAAACGGGGAAAUCAUGUUGGAAGGAGGGGUUCGUUAUUUAGAAUUGAAGAAGCUUCUUCUGUUGUCAUAUUGCCAAGCAAUCACUUUCUAUCUUAUUCUCAAAUCUGAAGGGCAGCCUGUCCGUGAUCAUCCUGUACUAGCUCGCCUUGUAGAAAUCAGGAGCUUAUUAGAUAAGACAAAACAACUCGAUGAAAAUCUUCCUGCAGAGCUGGAGGAGAUUCUUAACAAAAGUAAAAUGGUGAAAUCAGUGGUGAAGCUUGGUAAAGAGAAUGGCAUCGCAUCGGAUUCUGUUGCAAAAGACCAUGUGAGCUCUCUUGCCACUACAGAUAUUCAAGAAGCAGCGGAGCCUAAUAAUAAAGUUGAUUCAGUGAUGGUGGACUUAAUCAAGGACAGCGAGAAAAAGUCGGAGAAACGCAAACGCCAGAAUGAACAGGUUGGUUUAGAGAGCAUGAAAAUGUUGAAGGUAAGAGCUGACCUGGAGGAAAAAUUGAAGCAGAAAGGUAUCUUUAGUUCCACUACCCCAAAGCUUGACAAGGCUCAAAAACGUCAAAAACCCUUGAACCGGAAGCUUGAAACUUAUGAUGAUUUUGAUGAUGACACUGGAAAUGCUCAAGUGGCCGCUCAGGGAUUGACCAAUGGUCGUGCAGGUUCAUUGAGCUCACUCAAAUUUGCUCAACUUCUUGCUGCUAACAAGUCAAAGGUUGUUUCUGGAGAUGAUGAUUUACCAAAGAGAGAUGAUAUUGGAGAAAGGCGUAGAAGGCAUGAGGUAAAUGUAUUACAACGAGCUGGGAUUGAGGCAGAAGAUGAUGGCGGAGAUGAAAUCGGGGCUGUUGAGACGGAUGGGGAUGAUGUUGAGAUGGAUGAUGAGGGUGAAUCAGAAGAGGGCUCAGAAGAUGAGUUCUACAACCAAGUAAAACAACAGAGAGAGGCAAAACUUGCUGCCAAAGCUCAGAUUUAUUCAAGGGACUCGACGCUACCAGUCGCAUCUUUGCCUGAAACUGUGGACGGAAAACGCCAUAUAUCUUAUCAGAUUCAGAAGAACAGAGGACUUACUCGGCAACGCAAUAAGAAAUUAAAGAAUCCAAGAAAGAAAUACAAGGAAAAGCACAAGAAGGCAGUGAAGAAUCGACAAGGCCAAGUACGCGAUGUGAAGACACCAAAGAGCCGUUAUCCAGGAGAGAUAUCGGGAAUCAAUGCCUCCAUCAGUCGGAGUGUUCGCCUCAAGAGCUGAAAAAUGUGUUUUCACUCAAAUCAAAUACCCAUUUUUGUUUGUUUCAUUUUUGACUCAACAUAUAAUGCUCUGCAGAGUUGGUGUUAAUUUAAUCCAAAUGUAUCGCCCAUAUUUGUAUUCAGGAAAUUAUGUUUUAUAAUUAUAUGGUUAUAUUAUUUGCUA